UGAAAAAUAUAGCAGCUAGAAUCAACUGUACACACAGCUGAUUUUAUUUGUCAGAGAGAAUAACACUGACUGAACUGUCUUUUAAAAUGUCAGAAUCAUACGACUUUCUGUUCAAGUUCCUGGUCAUCGGGAGUGCAGGAACAGGGAAAUCAUGCAUUCUUCACCAAUUCAUCGAAAGCAAAUUUAAACAAGACUCAAAUCACACAAUAGGAGUUGAAUUUGGCUCAAAGAUCAUCAAUGCUGGAGGAAAAUCGGUCAAGUUACAAAUCUGGGACACAGCAGGUCAAGAGAGAUUUAGGUCAGUAACAAGGAGUUACUACAGAGGUGCAGCUGGGGCUUUACUUGUCUAUGACAUCACAAGUCGGGAGACAUAUAAUGCUCUGACAAAAUGGCUGACAGAUGCAAGGACGUUGGCCAGUCCUAACAUUGUCAUCAUCCUCUGUGGUAAUAAGAAAGACUUGGAUGCAGAUAGGGAGGUGACGUUCCUAGAGGCCAGUAGAUUUGCACAAGAAAACGAGAUGAUGUUCUUGGAAACAAGUGCGUUGACAGGAGAGAAUGUAGAAGAAGCUUUCUUGAAAUGUGCCAGAUCAAUACUUAACAAAAUUGAAUUAGGUGAGUUAGAUCCUGAAAGGAUGGGAUCGGGUAUCCAAUACGGUGAUUCCACUCUCCGGAAAGUCACCAGACCGCCGGUCAGGAGUACGCAACAAUGCUCAUGCUGAGGAAUCCAACUUGUGAUUAUUAUCAUCAAUCGCUUCAUCCCAGACCCAUCAGCCGUGUGAAUCAUGUACGCCCCCUUGAUGCUGACUGGUCAAUAUCUGACUGGUCCCUAUCUGACAGGUCCAUAUCUGACCACUACAUUUUGACCGGUCCAUUUCUGACCGGUUCAUACCUCUUGACAUCCUUUCCUUCCUGCUGAAGUUCGUAUUUUCAGGUGAAGCACCCGGUACAGAGUAUAUCGUGAAAGUCAUUAUUAUUUUUUUUUUGGCUGUAUUUGAUAAACCAAUCAAUAUGUGGUUAUAAGCUACUGUUAAAAGCUAUUGAAAUUGUGCCAUUUGAAUGUCUGAGAGCAAAUUUGCUAUUUUCCAGUAAUAUUCAAGGAAAAAGUAUCAUUGCAUUGAUAUUCAAUUAAAAACAUCUCGGUGUUUCAGUUACAUAUAUGCAAUGCAUGUUCACCAUGUGAAUAACCACUGAAAGCAGACUAGGAGGUUUAUUUUAUUGAUGGAAAAGUCUUAUUGCACAAAAUUUACGUUGAUUAAUGCAUCCUGUAUUUUAGAUAUAAAUCUACUCAGAUAUUUUUCACCAUUGCUUGGAAACUGACUUAUUAUUUUUGUUUUAUUUAUUUUUUUUAUUAUUAUUAUUUUUUUUGGGGGGGAGGAGGGGUGGGGGAGCAAUCAUAGCCUGUUAAGUAUAGUUGAAAUGGUACAAAUACAGGUUAAAAAUGUUUUGGGUGGAGGUGGCCAGAUUAUCAUCUGAACUUUGACUUACAUGUACAAUCUUUUUUUGCAAUAACUCAUGUAUAUAUACAUUAGGCCUGGGACGAAUGUCAAUUUUACCAUUCGAUUAUUUCCUGAAAAAACAAUCGAAUCAUUCGAUUGUUCGUUGGGAAGAUCGUCUUCUAAGCCAAUAGUUGACCUAAUUAUGAAGACCUCCCAAAAAGGGUUUCAAUAACAUCUAGGGUGGAGUAUUAUAUGUUCCUUAUAAAUGAAAGUAAGCCCCUUCUCUUUGAGGUCUAUUACAAAAGAAACUAUAUGAAAUGAGAUUAAAACUUUCACUUUAUUGUUCCAAUGAAAAAUCUUUCCUAAAUCAAUGCUUGUAUUAUACAUCCCUCCAAGUGCAACACCCCUGCAUAUGAA